GCACAGCCCCUAUAGAAGUUGAUAGGACAGCAUUGCUGUCACUUAGAAAUCUCUGCUUUCGAUUGGGUGUGAACAUUAUCCAAUCAGAAGAGUAGUUGUGUGUGGCAAGGGCUUCACCCAAUUAAACUCUGAGACAGUGAACAUGGACCAAUGUGGGUUGUUGGUGGGCGGUGCUCCAAAGUGAAAACCGACACUGCAGGAAGUAAGAGACACUAGCAAUGGAUCCUGUGAUUCUGGGACGCCGCUUUUCUCUACUUUUCUCUGGUUGCUGCUCUCAUCUCCUGCUGAUUUGGACGUUCGAGAGGCGACUUCAGUGUAGUGCUUGCUGUCAAGCCAAGAGGCCUGGCUUGUGGAGGCAAAUCACAGUCUGAAGAUACUGCUUCUUUUCAUUUUCUGGCCUGAAAAGAAAUUGAGAGAAAGAGGGAGAAAUGACACUUUCUCAGUGCUUGGUGACCUAUGAAGAUGUAAAAGUGAUAUUCACUCAAGAAGAGUGGGCACUAUUAAAUUCUCCAGAGAAGAAACUCUACAGAAAUGUGAUGUGGGAAAACUUUAGAAACAUUCUGUUGAUAGGAAAAUUACAAGGGGAACAUUCCAUCAAAGAGCAUUAUAACGACCAAGGAAGUAAAAGUAAUAUAAUGAAAAUCUCUGAGGCCGAAAAACAAAGUCAAAAUAGUGGGAAACCUCAAGAAUGUGAAGUGUACAACAAAGUAUUCACAUAUAUCAGUCAGCUUAAAAAACAGAAAAGAAUUCCUAUUGGAAAGAAACCAUAUCAACGUAAGCAAUGUAGGAAAACAUUCCGUCAACCUGGUGAUUUUCGGAGACAUGAAAAAACUGAGAGUGGAGGGAAACUCUAUGAGUGUAGAGAAUGUAGGAAAACAUUCAGUUGUCCCAGUAAACUUCAGAAACAUGAAAGAACGCACAGUGGAGAGAAGCCCUAUGAAUGUAAACAGUGUAGGAAAACAUUCAGUGAAAGCGGUACUCUUCGGAAACAUGAAAGAACGCACAGUGGAGAGAAACCCUAUGAAUGUAAACAGUGUUGUAAAACAUUCAGUCGAUCCAGUCAUCUUCAGACUCAUGAAAGAACUCACAGUGGAGAGAAACCCUAUGACUGUAAACAGUGUAGGAAAACAUUCAGUCAAUCCAGUACUCUUCGGACACAUGAAAGAACUCACAGUGGAGAGAAACCCUAUGAAUGUAAACAAUGUAGUAAAACAUUCAGUCAAUCCAGUAAUCUUAAAACACAUGAAAGAACGCACAGUGGAGAGAAGCCCUAUGAAUGUAAACAGUGUAGUAAAACAUUCAGUGAUAACAGUGCUCUUCGGAAUCAUGAAAGAAGGCACAGGGGUGAGAAGCCCUAUGAAUGUAAACAGUGUAGGAAAACAUUCAGUCAGUCCAGUAAUCUUCAAACACAUGAAAGAACGCACAGUGGAGAGAAGCCCUAUGAAUGUAAACAAUGUAGUAAAACAUUCAGUCAAUCCAGUCAUCUUCGGACACAUGAAAGAACUCACAGUGGAGAGAAACCCUAUGAAUGUAAACAGUGUAGGAAAACAUUCAGUUGUUCCAGUACUCUUUGGAGACAUGAAAGAACUCACAGUGGAGAGAAGCCGUAUGAAUGUAAACAGUGUAGGAAAACAUUCGGUUAUUCCAGUAAUCUUAGGACACAUGAAAGAAUGCACAGUGGAGAGAAGCCCUAUGAAUGUAAAACAGUGUAGGAAAACAUUCAGAUGAUCCAGUCAUCUUCUGAGACAUGAAAAACCUCACAGUGGAGAGAAGUUCUAGGAAUGGAAACAAUGUAGUAAAGCCUUUGGUGAUUCCUCUGCUCGUACUUAAAAGAACUCAAAGUGGAGAGAAAGCCUAUGAAUAUAGAUGAUGCAAUGGAACAUUCAGUCAAUUCAGUCAUCUUUAAUCACAAGAAAUAACACACAAUGGAGAGAAACCCUAGGAAUAUAGACAAUACAGAAAACCUUUCAGUUAUUCCACUAUUGAUAGAGCAUAUGAAAAUAGGCACAGUAUGAAUUAAACAGUGAAUUUGGUAAUCUUCAUUCACAUGAAUAUGCUCACAGUGCAGAGAAAACAUUAAGUAAAAUUUUAAAUAUAAUUAGAGAUCAUAUUUUCUUAAUGAACAAGUGAACCCAUACCUAUGUGCUUGUAAAGAAUAUGAAUAAAUAUUGCAAUUCUUCAUCUUUAAUUUUAUUUUUACAUCUUUCUAAUAUGUAUUUAUUCAUGUAGAAUGAUAGGGAGAGUGACAGAGAAUCAGACUUCACUUUGGUACAUGUAUAUGCUGCUGGGGAUUGAACUUGGGACCUCCUGUUUGAGAGUGUAAAGCUAUAUUCUUGCACCACCUCCUGGACUAUCUUCAUCUUCAAUUCUAAUACACAGAAAAUCCUACAUGGUACUGAAAGUCUAUUAAUGUGAAAAUGAUUAAAUAUUUAAAUAGAGUGACAUUUUUCACACAUGUAAAUGCACUAGCAUUAGAAACAAGACCUUGGGGCUGGGUGGUGGUGCACCUGGUUGAGUACAUAUGUUACAGAGUGCAGGGAUCCAAGUUCAAGCCCCUGAUUCCCUCCCGCUAGGGUAAAGUUUCAUGAGUACUGAAGUAGGGUUGUAGGUGUCUAGCUCUCACCCUCUCUAUGUCCCUCUUCCUCUCUACUUCUGUCUGUCUCUAUCAAAUAAAAA